UUUAUUUUGUAUAGAACCUUCGGUCGGUGAACGCGUGUGCUCGGUAACACGACUCGUUUCAUAUCGUAGCAGUUAUCCCGCGAUUCUUGCUUGGUGCGAGUCGGCUAGUGUUUCGUUCUACUUUUAGCUUGGUUAGAGUUCCGGCUGUCAUCGGUCUCUGUGAAAAUCAUUUGUUCUAAAUCCAAAGAUAAUGUCGCGUAAAUAUUUCAAGAGCACGCCGAUUUAUGUAGCCGAGAGUCACGACGAGGUUUUGCCCUUUGUCUACCGGUGCAUUGGAUCCAAGCAUUUGCCAUUCGAAGGAAAUACCCUGGUGCAUCUUGAUUCCCAUCCCGACAUGCUCUUACCAAAGGAUAUGUCGGCUGAUACUGUUUGGGAUAAGGAACGACUGUUUGAAGAGAUCAGUAUCGAGAACUGGAUGCUGCCUGCUGUUUACGCUGGACACUUGAAGCAUCUCGUAUGGGUCAAGCCGCCCUGGGCGAAUCAAAUUGCAGAUGGAGCUACGAGCUUUCUCAUCGGGAAGCAUAAGGACACCGGUCUCAUAAGACUUACAUGUCCGGAGCCAUACUUCGUGAGUGAAGCCCUAUACUGUCUUCCCGACGAGUUGGAGAAUACCAGAGAAGCGACUUUGCACGUCAUCACCAUGGGGAACUUUAUUGAUGAUCCUACCAAGAAGGACGAUUUCGUCGCCAUUUCUUCUGCGCUGCGUCAGUAUCUACCUGAGACAAAUACUCCCUAUAUCCUCGACGUGGACCUUGACUUCUUCAGCACGAAAAAUCCUUUCAAGAGCCUCCACGAAAGGGCAAAUCUCUAUGAGCGACUGUCGCAACUGUACUCCUUUAAGAGACCACAGUCAACCGAUCCGGAGAUCCUGAAGGAAGUGGCUGCAGCGCGUGACGAACAGCUCAAGGAAUUGGCUGGUCUGUUCUCUUAUCUUCAGGAGCACCGCAGCCUCCAGGGUUACGAGGAGGUCCAAUCACCAAGAUACGAGGCAGUCGCCAGGGUCCAUCGUGAAGUCACGGCAGUUUAUAAGGACUCUGAAAUCGAUUGGAGCAUCGUGCACGACGCUGGCUGCACGAGGGAUGAUACUGAUCUACCUCAUCACGUGACCACGCCCAAUGAUCUUGAUCGAUUGAUCACUGGCACUUUUCGAUCCUUCCUGGCAGCACUUCCGGCACCUCCGACAAUCGUUACUGUAGCCAGAUCCACCGAGGAUGAUUAUUGCCCAAAGGAGGAUGUUGAACAAAUUCAAUUGGGUGUUCUGGAUGAACUCAAGGAACGCAUAGAAUCGGUGGACAUCAGGCUAGCGUAUCAAGAAAAAGAAGAUGAAUAAAAUAUCUGGAUAGUAGAUAUCGUGCCAUUUCCAUUUAUAUGUACUCUCGCAAUGAUAAAUAAAUGCAUUUACAAUUUAA